AGAAAGCAUCAAUAACUGUGAUGAACUGCGGGAUUUGCAGUUUUGUUUAUAAUUAUGAAUCGCAUCGUGAGACUAUUAUCUGUUUUAUAGAUUUUAGAGUCGAGUUACAAUCAUUAGCAAAAUACAUGCGCCCGCCUAUUUUUAAAAUCAAAAGUGAAAGUAAAUUUUGAUGAUUUCACUUUUGGUUCUGUAAACUAGCAUUGACACUUGACACAAACUAAUAAUGUUUUUUGUAGUUUUGCUUGGAUAUUCAGUGAUGCACGCUUACGCGGAUGGGGUUCCAGGUGUGGCAGAUGUGGUUUUGUCCUGCGUCUUGGUGCAGGAUGGUGCUGCUCACAGUGGAGGAGGUGAAGGGGGCGGAGGCGGGUUCAGUCGUUCUCCUGCUACACUCGUUCUGAGGGAUGUACCCGUGGGCCCCGAACAAUCACUGGAAACCCUCACGCCGUUUGUCCCACCCACAACCCCCGACCCAGACCUCGUCAUCAUCGAAGCUACAGUGUCUUCUCCUGAUAUUCCAAAGUCGGACGUCCUGCUCCACGCUGACUGUAACGGACAGGAGGUGACGUGUGAGCUCAGCCCCUUCUCUCCCGAUGAGUCCUUGAAAAGUCCAGACCAGGCCUUCAUCAUGGUGUCUCUGAGCGUGGACGGAGUGGACUUCGGCACCUCACUUAUUCUCCGAACGAUAAAAAUGGAACAAAUAACCCUAAGACAAACUAGAUUAGGUCUGCCUCUCAGCCCAUCUGGAACUGUGGAAUCUGAAGUGGUGAUGGUGGUCUUCUCCCAUGUCAAGUCUCUCUCUGGGAUUUUAAGGGAGGAGGUGCAGCUGCCCUGUGGGUUCAAACAGCAGGACACACCUCUGGCUCCAGACGUCCGCAUCACAUGGAGGCUCCAGCACCGAGGGAGGGGCCGCAAGGUGCUCGAACUGAAGACCAACCUGGAGGACACCGAAGGGAGUCCACUCAUCCACACAGAGAGGAGAGGAGCGUGGGUCAGUCCUGAGCAGGUGGUGUCUGAGGGAAUCGCGUCUCUGACUCUGAGCGAGCUGAAGGUGGAGGACGAGGGCACCUACAUCUGCACAGUCUCUAUCGGACAGUUCCACGCACAGCAGGUCAUGCAGCUCAACGUCAUCAAACUGCCUGAGGUUUCCCUUUCAGAAGACAAACUGGUGUUAAAAUCAGCCAAGACUCUGGUUUGCUACAGCAGUAAAUACUACCCGCUGGACGCUGAGUUCGAGUGGUUUUCCCUGGGCCCGGACGACACUGAGCCGGUCGUGUUUCCUGGAAAGGCGUCUCUGUCAGGUCACCGUCGUCAUGGUGAUGGCACAUUCUCCGUCUCGUCUCAGCUGAACGUCCCGUCCACCGUCUCACCUGGGACAAAGAUCACCUGCACCGUGUCCCACCCCGCUCUGGACAUGCCCCGAUCUGUCAGUGUCAUCGUGGAAACUCCAGAGCCAGAAUCCUACUGGUGGAUCCUGGGUUUCCUCUUGGUCACGAUCCUUUUCUUCCUACAGGUCAUGAAGUAACUCAGGAAGGAUGUCAGAGUACUGUGUAUCUUUUACUUGACUUUGCACUAUUUGAACUGUAAAAUGUUGACUUUACUUUUGAGCAGCUGUUGUUUGUUUUUUGAUUUGAUGGUGUUUAAGAAAGUAGAUUUUAUUUAACUUGACGUAAUAAUGUAACUUUUCGGGUGUCCAUGGAGAUGUUUUUAUUUUGCCUGGAGUUUAAUUUUAUUUUAUUUAUUUAUUUGAAUUAUGGUCGCUGACUGACAGACACUGAGGGUGAGGUGGAUUAAUUGUCUUGCCCAAGGACACAACGACAGCAAUCAUCUGGCAGUAAACACGUAUAUUUUCAUGGGUGGGUCAGAUCUGUGGAGAGGGGAUUCCGGUCACAGUAAGAAAGUACAUUUUGAAAAAUAAAAACACAUAAAUGAAUAAGGAUAGAUGAAUUAAUGCAAUACUAUGGGACAGCAACAACAAUAACAUCUCCAUGGUGACAAGCAAGUUAUACACUGUACCUUUAAAUCCGUGUAUCAUUCAUUCAUUUGUUUUUCAAUAUAAAACUAAAAAUAAGAAAAAAAUAUAUAUAUAUAUAUUUUCUUAAUUAUUUGUCUCCAAAACCAAAAUGAAAAAACAGACGAUUCAUUUUUUUCAGUUUUCGAUUUUGUGAAUAAUUCCCGUUUCCAUGAUUUAACUGCGAUUCUGGACUGAACCAGGACUAAAACAGGACUAAAACAGGUCCGGGACCAGACCGAGACCAGACCGGGACUGAGACCAGGACCAGACCAGGACCAGGGCCAGGAUUUAGACCGGGACCCGACCAGAACUGAGACCAGGACUGUGACCGGAACCAGACCAGGACUGAGUACGGGACCAGACUGGGACCAGGACCAGGACUGAGACCGGGACUGAGACUGGGAUUGAGACUGGUAACAGGACUAGGACUGAGACCAGGACUGAGACCGGGACUGAGACCUGGACUGAGACCGGAACCAGACCAGGACUGAGUACGGGACCAGACUGGGACCAGGACCAGGACUGAGACCGGGACUGAGACUGGGACUGAGACUGGGACUGAGGCUGGAACUGAGACUGGGAACAGGACCAGGACUGAGACUGGGACUGAGACCGGGACCAGGCCAGGACCAGACCUGGGACUGAGACCGGGACCAGACUUGAACUGGAAACGGUUUAGUCCUGGUUCAGUCUUGAUUCAGUCCUGGUUCAGUCCGGCAUCUCAGUUUAAGUCACGGAAACGGGAAACGGCCUUUAUCCGUUUUUUUCCAUUAUUCAUUUCAACACAAAAUCGAAAACUGAAAAAAUGAAUCGUUAUCCGUUUUUUUCAUUUUGGUUUUGGAGACAAAUAAUGAAGAAAAUAGUUAAAAACGAAUAAUAGAAAAACGAAUGAUACACAGAUUCCUUUAGAUGUUGAUGUUUUCUUGAAAUGUUUUAUUUUUAUGUAGAUUAGUUUUAGUUUUUUUCAAAGGGCUCGUUAGAUUGUCAAAGUCUACUGUAACUUUGUACAGGUUUGAAUUGCUUUAAUUAAAUAAUAAUAAAGUAGAGACAAAGACAAAA